AUGCGUCAUGGAAUAUUUGGUUCCGCAAAACCGGGCGCGCAAGUGGACGCCCCAGGUCGCGGCCCAGGUGCACAGAUGCUCGCCAGCGUUCAACAAAGCUCGCACAGGCAGCCUACCCUCUCCUUCCAGAGUCGGCGCCCGGCCUCAGCAGCGGCCAAAGCGGCCAGCAAGAACAAGUCCCUUGGCAAGACCCCUGCUCUUCGUCGGACAGGCUCGGCCUCGUCCCUCUCGAGUGUCGACCGCGCCAAGACGCCUCCAGUGAAGGACGCUGCCAAGGACGAUGUCGUCUCUGUGCCAGAUGACGAGCGCGAGGUGCUCGACGGAAACAGCAAGCAGUGGAACAAGCUCUACAAGGAUGCCAGGGUGGAGAUGGGCGGGGUGGAACCCAUCCACGCGGGACCCCAGAUGACCAAAGUGCACCACAUCCUCCGCGUCUUCGACAUGACGUCCAAGUACGGCCCCUGCGCCGGCAUCACCCGUCUCGACCGCUGGGACAGGGCCAAGAAGCUGGGUCUGAACCCCCCAGAGGAGAUCCGCAAGAUCCUGGUCACCCAGCAGGGCGAAGACAGCGUUGACCUCAGGGAGAGUGUCCUGUACGGGUGGGUGUAA